AUGGGAUCGUCCCUCUUUGCAAACAGUGGUAGCCCUUACUCUAAAAGUCAUCGCGUGUUUUUAGAUAAAUCAAGGCAAACUGAGAAGAUUAAUGACCUUAUACAAUUGCGUAUACCGCCAUUGAUUGAUGAGAAGAAAAUUUUCAAGGAACAAAGCUUGAAUGUUUUAAGCAUCGGGAGUGGAAAUGGGCAGGCAGAUUUGUUUGUCCUGAAAGUGAUCAAGGAACAAUUGAUGAAGACAGACCUAGGCCAUGGUGUCAAGAUCUUCAACCGUGCCAUUGAUCCCAACUUAUAUUCAUGUGAUCUGUACAGAGCAGCUAUUGAAAAUCUACCAAGUCCGCUAAACGAUGGCAAAGUGGCUUUUGAAAUCUGUCAGCAGUCCUUUGAAGAGUAUCAACAAAGCCACAGAGAACCCCUCAGUUUCGACAUCGUACAUUUCAUACACAGCAUAUAUUAUGUAGACAUCGAGAAAGCUCUACUGCAUUGUUUUGAAAAAGAACUUUACGAUAAGGGACAAGUAAUCUGUAUCGCCUCGAGGCGAGGUCUUAUUUGUAGCGUUGUGUCAAAACUGCAGCAAAAACUGCAGUGGCAUGUGGGCAGUGAGAUUUACGAUGUAGUUGAUAAAAUGAUCCAGAUUGCCAACAAAAACGGAUGGAAGAUUGAGGUUCAUGACCAAGAAUAUUCAAUAGAUGUCACCGAGGUCUUUGAUCCGCAUUCAACCGAAGGGAAUCUGCUACUCGACUUCUUGACGCAAACGGAAAAUUUUCGUAAUACUGAGGACAAAGAGUUUGUUGAAGAAACGUUGUCAUUUAUCAGAGAUCUAACUUUUGUCAAAGACGGAAAAUUGUUUGGAGAAAAGAAAGAAUCUUUGGUGGUCAUCUGUAAAUAGUAACACAAACUAUCGUGAAAUUUUUUCGGAAAUUGUUUUAUUCUGUUUAUUUCCUGCGUAGCGACUAAGGUAUUUACGUUACCCCAGCUUGACCCUCGUAACUAGUUCAAGAUGGUUCUUAAAUAAUCAAAUCCUUAACUCCUCAGAUUGAAGUUCUCACAUCGUUUUUCAAGCGAGCGGAGGCAAGCGCGAGAACAGCUCGCUGUGCGAGUGAAGCACGACGAGGGCGGGGGAGGACCAAACCGUAAACGUUUCUGGGAAACUGCCUACCUACUCCUCCCCUAAGCCAACAGGACCAAAAGGUUUAUUAUUUUCUGCGCUUUGUAUGCACAGUGAAAUGAAACUGGCUGAAACAAAUACAACAGGUCAUGGCUAGUGCCUGUAUAUACACCACGCUGAUCCAAUCUGACCGAGAUUGCCGGGGAAGAAAUGCAAGAUAGAGUCGAUAGCGCUUGAUUGAAUUCGGGGAAAGGGGCGCUCAACAAAGCUUCAUACGGGGAGGCCCCGACUCCAGAUCCAACGCCUUAAGGUACUAUACAAAAAACAUGCGAGUUUUUUGAGAAAUUGUCCGAAAAUUUUUUUUGCUCGUUUUCACAUCUUCAAUAAUUUAUUUUUCUUCCAGCACGAUUUUUUUUUUUUUUCAGUAUUUAAUUCGUACAGAGAAAAAACUGUAAUUUCCUAAACACUGUCGCUUGGUUGUCAUGGUAACGGCAAGCACCAAAAAGAGAAGAAAAGUCAUAAGAGGACUAAAAAAAAGAAAAGAGGACAAAAACAAACAAAGAGAGGGUGUGAACUAUGCCUCAGGACAGUUCUAGAGAGUUGUCUAUGUGGAAACUCUGUUACAGUCAUUGCAAAUUCUAUUUCUCAAACUUUAAAACAUUUUUUCUCAUAAUUUUAUAUUUCGCGGAACUAUGAACACUCUAGCAACCAUAACUUUUCAUGGUUUUAUUCAAUUCUUCUCAUUUUUGGAGUGAGAAAUCUUUGUAUGUUUUUACAUGCAAUGAACUACAAUAAUUUAUCUUGGUGUAAUCUUUGUUGUCUGAGGACCCAAAACUGGAUCCUUAAUUCAGUUUAUUUUGAAUGUCAAUAUGUUUAUUGUAAUAAUUUUGUAUCUAUUAGCCUGAUAAGAAUGCCUUUAGUUCAUUGCAUAAAAAGAAUAUGUAGAUGAAAUUCCAAAAGUUUCAGCAGUUUUCCUUGUAAUGUCUUGGAGAUAGACGUGUUUUUGUACCGGUUAUCCCAGGGGGUUUAUUUUUAGCAUUAUUGGUUGCCAUGGUAACUAAACAAGACAAAAAGUAUAAAAAUAUACUCAUCUCAUGCUAUAGUUUAAGAAUACCUGGGAAUACUUUUGCAAAAGAACAUAUCAAAAAAUAGUGAUUUUUGAGGAAUGUACCACCUUAACUUUUUAUAUACCAUUUUUGACAGAAUGUAUCCCUUUCGGAUACCUGCUAUUGACAAAUAGUACCGCUUUCACAUACUUACUUUAGAUCUGCUAUGCAUACACCGUCUUUCAAAUAUGAAUAAAUCACUAAACCAGGAAGUUUAUUGUCUUUUUCACAGCCGUUAGAAGCAUUUGUUAGCCCUUUAAGGUCCUUUUACAGACCUAAAUAACAGAUUUCCCAUCCUCGGAGACUUAGGGGUAGUCAGUUGGGACGGGAGAAAGGCACGACGAAAGUUUCAAGCACGGGCGGAAAAGCCCCUGGGUACCGAUUCUCACCAAGCCUUUUACAAAUGGUUAAGCAAUUGCUGGCUCCUGACUGGGCACAAAAAAUACUUGGUAUUGUUGUGCCCAUUAGGCGAACAGCAUCUCUUGAGUUCUUUUCGUGCUUCAUACACGACCGCUCUUGUCUCGCCAUACUUGUCCGGUUCGUUCACCAAAGAAAUGCACGCCAACUGGAAACUUUCAGUUUAAUAUAAACUCUCUGAAGGUGCAGAUUUCCCUACUCUUUCAUAUACUUGUGAAAUUCUUUAUACCUUUUUAUAUUCCUGAACCCUGAAAAAGGUACCCCUUCUGGGUGGAGCCUCCUUACAUACUCACUAUGGAGUACACCCGCCACCUCUCCAGGGGGGUUUGAAUCGACAUCAUGUUAGAAUCUAUGAAAACAGCAAAACCACUUAUGGAACGCCAUGAAGACUACUCCUUGACUAGCGGCUGAAGUAAAAAAUAAAAUGCUUAGACUAAAGCCGAUUUUCGGAAUAUCCAAACCGCAUACCUCUUAGGAUUAGUUACUGCUUGUUGCUAAUUAUUUUGGUCUGUCGAUAACAUUCAAUUUUUUGCUUCGGCGGAUUGCGAAGUAAAAAAGAUUCGCGACGCUCAGGAAUGUAUCAAAGUUGACAUUUUGGGACAAGAUUGGGCGCGCAAAGUCUGUAGGUUUUCGGUUUUAUUCGGUUAUUUGACGAAGUGAGAGCCGAAUUAGUUCGAGAUAUCUCGAGAUCACGUCGAUUUCUUUGAUUUACUCUUUAACUUUUUCGAGGAAGAAAGAAUUUUUUAUUUUGGCUUUCCUGGGUUUGAACCGACUCACCUGUGUGACCCGUCAGAUCAGAGGAGACUCUAAGUUGAGGGAUUCGCCGAUUGCGCUACUGCGACCCAAGGUAGUUCGAGGUAUGAAAAAUAGUUAUGAAAUCUUGCACUAGUUUCGGAACAAGAUUGGUCGCGCAAGUUCGUGACGUUUCGGCUUGUUUCGGGUAUUUCACGAAAUGAGACCAGACUACUUCGUGAUGUCUUGAAAUCACUUCGAGUUUAGCUUUUAAUUUACUCGAGGAAUAAAUAGAGGAUAUUACGUGGCAUCGCAGAGACACGAAAUUUCUUUUCGAUUGUUGAAAAACGUUUCACGAGUGAGCGCUUCUUUCCAACUGUUUUAUGAUGAAUUUAAAGUUACAAAAUGCUGCACAAAGACGUUUUGUCGUUGUUGAGUUUUACGUAGUAAAAUUGCUUUCAUGCGUUCCGUGACUUUCUCGAAUGUUCUCUACGUUUUUGGAUUAUUCAUUAAUAAUUAAUUAGGGAAUGUUUACAUUUUAGCAUGAGUCAGCAGAUUUGCAUCAGUUACUGAAAUCAUAAAACAUGUCGAAAAGCUACUACUAUUCGCCUCUUUAGUAUUUUCUGGAACCUUAUGUCUAACGGUAUCCAAGUUCCAAGCGAGUUCUUUUGACGGACUAAGUUUUUUCCCACGAGCUGGAGUGCUGUGUUUAGUCAAGUUUUACGAAGGUCGAUUUUCAAGUUCUGUGUUUACAAGUUGGCGGAAGCCGUAAGAUAUCUGAAGUUCAAGUGAGAGUUUGUUAUUAUUGGCAGAGGCUGUUUAGUUUUACUUAAGUUUUAGUCAAGUUUGUGUUUGCGGAUGCUGUGUUUUAAAGCUCUGUAAAGACUAUGUUCCUUUGGUAUUAAACUUCCUUGUGUUAAUCCGACAUCCGUGCGUGCUGAUAGUCAGUGAAUAAUUAUCCUCAAAACAUUCGAACUCAUAACAUUGAGUUUUAGCCAAUUCCAUGCUCAACGUAAUUGACUCCUUACCCAAGCCUUUCAAUUAUCUUUAAUCAGUACAUGAGACUGCUAUGCUGUUUUUGAAGCCUGAUGUGACUAAGAAAAAUAGAGAAUUCUUUUUUUCACUGUUUGUUUUGUUAGACUUUUAUUCACCGCCAGUAACCUCAUAUUUGACUUAGGUCUAAACGUUUAGACCCAAGUCAAAUUUAGAAGGAUUUUUAUGGAGUCAUCAGAGCAUAACUGGACUAAUAUGUCAGAGACAAUUUGUCCCGAAAUGCUAGUUUUUGGCAAGUAGGCCUCUUGGAUGUUGCUGUUUUCACAAUAUCCUGACAAAUCCCAUAAUUUCACAAAUUAACACCUUACUCUUACCACUAUUUCUCCGCAUUUACAAUUAAUCAGUUCCACAACCAUGACGCCUAAGUGUACGCUCCAUAGCGUUUUGUUUUUUUUCUGUAACCGCUUUGAUUGUUAUCGAUUGACGUCGCCUGGUUGUAGCCACUUCGUACCUAUUAAGCUUCGAGAUUCGUUUCUUCUCCAAGUCAUAUCAAGUCUUAUUAUAUAAACACCAAUGAAAUACCAGGUGAGCUUUCGCGAGAAAACAUGAUAUCUUCACACGUGAAAAUAACAUGUUAUUUUCACAUGUGAAAAUAUCACUGUUCCUAUGGCUACAUAAUAAAUCGCGCCUUUCGCAGGAUAAAACUGUUUCAGUGAAAUGGUUUGGUGUUUCAUUGGUGGUUAUAUAAUAAAUAGAACAUUACAUGGCCGCUUGGAGAUACGAAAUUUCUCUUCUCGUGUUGAAAUAUUUUUCAACACUCGAAGAGAAAUUUCGUAUCUCCGCGCGGCCAUGUAAUAUCCUCUCUAUAUCGACUUACGUCAGUUUUUAUCAGAGUCUAACUGAGUUGUUUAUUCUCGAUGUUGGUUGUCAUCUGUUUGUUAAGCCGUGAUAUAAUUGGCUGUGCGUCUUAGGCCCGGAUCAAAUAUCUCGUAUUAACUUCGGCACAUUUAGUUCGACGUUUGUGACCUGAUGUUACACGGGAUGAUUCGCAACGAAAAGUAAUUUCAGGGCUCGAAAUUGCGACUGAUACGGUCGCCAAUGCGACUAACAUUUUCUCCUUGGCGACUAAAAAUUCAAGUUUGGCGACCAGAUUUCUCUAUGAUUUAGAUUUAAAAUAAAAGAAUAAAGUUAAAACAAACAUUUCAUCUUAUCCUGCUUCGCUUUCAUCAUAAAACAUGUGCCAAAUCGCAUAAACAAAGCCAGUUUACCUCCAAAUUUAUACCGACUUCUGUCCACGAUAUUUUCAAAUCUGAUGGAUCGCACCAUACUAUGCAGGGCUUCUGAUAGGUCGCUUAAAAAAAGUCAAAUUUCGCGGGAUUUUUAGGGGCAAAUUCGCGGAAAAUCGACCGAUUUCGUAGGAAUUUUCCCGGCAAACUUAGCCGAAAAUCAGUCGGUCAAAAAAGGCCGAUUUUGUGGUUAUUUUUCGGGAAAACUUCGUCAGAGAUCGAUCGGUUUUUGCGCUGAUCAGACCAGCGUUUUUAAUGUUUUUCUAACAGAGUCAUCAUUUGCUCUUUCAACAACAAUACGCUCCAGAACUGAACCAAUGGCAAAGCCUCUAACAUCAUGGCUAGUGCCCAGUUUUUCGCAACAUAAUCAACGCCUGGUAGUUUCGGAGUUACGGGACGUUGUUUGCACGUUUCAGUGACGAAGUUUCAAGAUAAGUUUACAAGUUUACGGCAAGUAAAUAGCCCCAAUAGCUGAGAAAAGUUUCAAAUAUGUUGUACAGACAUGUAUUUGAUAAGAUUUCUACCGAAUUUCGCGGCUCUGCGACGGCGCGAAAUAUCAGAAGCCCUGACUACGAGCUGCGUCAUUUACAUUAUACGAACUGGCGACUAAAAAUUUGCAUCUGGCGACUAUAUUUCUCCAGUUGGUCGCCAAAAGGCGACCAGAGGAUUUUUUUAAUUUCGAGCCCUGAAAUUACAGCAUUGUUCUAACACUGCAGCGCGGUGUUGCGCUAAAACUCGUCGUUGCAAAUCGUCCCUUGUGGUAUCAUCUACAAGUAAUCUAUUCCAGGCUCUCGGAUUGCAAGGACGUAGCGAUCGCUGCCCAUACUGUCUGGGAGCCUGGCUGUUUCGUACGGGGCUCAUUUACGAACUUCAUCCUUUUUAAGACCCUUCGUUUUCGGGGCCAAGCGUCAAUUCUGGAAAAACAGACCUAGACCAGGAAAGGCAAGUUCUUCCUAGGCAUUUAACCGGUUCUAAACUCAUAGUUUCGUUAAUGUCAGCUGUGAAAUCUUCGAAUUUACGUUGACUGCUGCAGAAUUCUCAGAAGAUAGGCUGGCUUAACGCUUCACUGCAUGUUAAAGUUUGGCGUGAAAGUUCUAUUCUGAAUCCUCCCGCAGAUGGCUGACCAAAGCAAAUGUGUGCUGAGGCUGAGCUUGCCCAUAAAGAUUGAAUGAUACUUACACAAAGGUUAAACAUAAUGAGUUGAAUUUGACUGAAAAGUUUCUUGUAUGCUUUACAAAGAUUACGUCAAAUCUGAUUUUGUUUUUGAACAGAAUUUUGCUUUGGUUUUAAUUGUAUUUAGGUCUCAAAGUUUGAAUUUCAACGAAAAUAUGUUUAAAUCAAAUAGAAAAAUGCAGGGAUUAAAUUUGACAACAUGGGCAAUCGUAAUUUGGUACAAUGAGUUGCGUUGCGCGGUUUACAACAGGCCUUCCGCCUUCGGCCUCGAGCUCAGCACAAGCAAGUCGCAGUGUUACUCGAUCUAGUCGUUGUCAAAUCGAAAGAUCGCUAUUAUUACCAAAGGGCAAUCAUGAAUGAGAGAGCUAAACUUGUUUUUGUCACAUAUGUAGUGAAAACGUCUAUCUAACCCUAAUAAAAUACACUUUCUGAUUUGCCAGGAUCCAAUCACGGACUUCUCCUUUCCCAUACGGAAAACCGACUGGUUUGGUUUUGAAGAGAUCGCGCAGAAGCGAAAGGACAUUAAGGAACUUAUCUAUAAACUGAAAGCAGACGCCGAUAGUGCAGGUGACACUUGAAGAUACCUUGAAGUCCAGCUUCUCAGUCCCGGUAGGACUGGGACAAGCCUAGACCCAAGAUGGUUCCGUUGACAGACCACUGGUUUUGUUGCUGUUAAUUAAAGAGUCAAGCAUAUUUAUUGUGGCAAUCAGUGUGCUUUACAUGUCAACACCGGCAAUUCCGCCGCUGCAUUUUGUAGCGUCGAAAACAGCGUUGGAAAUGUCUACUUCUCCAUGCGGCACAAGUUAUGUAAAAUUCACAUGAUCAUCAUUCCAGACUCUUCUGCUAGGUCUCUUCUAGUUAGUUAUGGAGCCCCAAUUUCAGUUCGAGAACAAGUUCACUGUAUUCGAUUGUUGCACAGCAAAUAGGUAUACCGCACUGAUUUCGUAGAAAUCAUUCAUUUAAAACACUCUCUAUGAUCUGACUGAGGACGAUGGAGCAUAGCGUAGCCUGUCUGUCGCAGUUAGAUGGUGAUCUUCGCUGCUUCAUUUGUGGACCGAAGGAAAAACAAAGACCAUGGGAAGUUAUAACUGUACUACAUAUCGUCAAAGUUGACUCUUGGAGGACAAGGUUUAAUGUCAGUUCAAUAUUAAGUCAGUAACGAUACUUUUCAUAAGCUUUUAAAAUGUAUGGCAAGAGGAAUGCCGCUUCGUUUUGUAUUGCCCUUUUGUUCAAUAACUGCUUGUGGUAAAAUUAGUAUUUGAACAUGUCUUUGGGCAGCCCAUCUUGUUUCCGUUACAAACUUGUACUGGUACUGGAGGUUGAGGUAAUUUCAGAGUUGAAUUAUUUUAUAUUGUAUAUAUUUAUUAGAGAAAUAGGAAUGAACAAGACAAGAAAUGUUCGCAUUACCAGGCGCUGAAAUUACUGAAAAUAAAGUAAAUUUAUCAUCAUCAAUAUAUGUAGAUGACAGUUGUUUAAAUCUGAAUUCAAAUCUCCCACUAACCCUGGGUAAUCGUGCAAACGGACGUAACAUUGUUGGCCAAAAACCUCCAACAUUGUUGGAUGUUACAUGUUGGGUCCGUUUGCACGCCCUGUUGCAUGUUGUUGGGAGUUGUCGCGUUAAGUUUGAAACCGGUCAAACUUUUGAACCAGCAACUCCCAACAUAUCUUUUGGUCCGUGAUCAACGAAGCGUGGUGCCACGCACGUGCAUUACACAUGGUGUCCUUCCAAAACUGUUUCAUACACAAGUCGUCCAGUAGAGUUUACAAAGUCGUAUGGGUUGUAUCCUUCCCACGAUGCACUGUAGGUAACAAUAUUGUUGGGAGUUGUUGCACCCGUUUGCACUUGACUGCCAACACGGACGCAACAACUCCCAACAUUGCUGGCCGAGCAAUGUUGAAAGUUGUUGCGUCCGUUUGUACGUAGCUUAAGAAGCUAUGACAGCAACAACGGUGAAAAGUCUGGUCUUACGAUAGAAAAAUACGACUGACAUCAUUGGCUAGAGCAGCUCUGCCCCUACCUAGUCAGGGAAACACACAUUGUCCUUUGGAAAAAGAUACAACUCUCUGCGUACGUUUUUUUCACUUUACAGGGCUCGACGUUGCGACCUGUUGGGUCGCCAAUGCGACCAGGUUUUACUCAGUGGCGACCAAAUUUUCACGCCUGGUCGCCAACCUGGCCCCCAAGAUAGGUGACUUUCUUCUUUGGGAAAAAGUACACUAAUGAUAAUCCGUUGUCCUUCACAAAACUAACCGAUAGCUAACGGUUUUUCUAACGCUCUAACGUUUUGCCCAAACGCUCUAAUGGUUUGUCCAAACCCUCUAACGAUUUGUCUAAACGCUUUAACGAUUUCAACACUCUAACGGAUUAUUCUUAUGAUUUCCUGAACCUUAAGUUUGAAUACCUGUUUGAGGAAAAUUACGCUUGAGUGCGGGCUCGUUUUCCCGAACACUGGAUCGAGCCUCGAGCGAAAACCGCUCGAAAGAAAGUUCAAAAGGAAGUCUAAAGCACUCUUUUUCUGUUAAGGCUAAGUAAAAGAUGUUAAUUUAGUUGUAUUCGAUUAAUUCUUAAAUAUAAUUUUUGCAACCAGAAUACUUGUUCUGACGACCAAAAAUGAAAACUUGGGGGCCAGCUGGCCCGAUUUUUUUUUUCUGAAAGUCGAGCACUGCACUGAAGUCAGUGAGGGCGAUGUAAAUUUUCUUCAUGUCCGCUCUGCUGGACUUCGCCUCUGCAGUACAUGUGUGUUAUUGUUAUUACCUGGGACCUGGGACCUGGGACCUAGCCCUCACAGGUUUUCUUUUCAGUGCUGCGUGUUUGUUCUCCUGUACUUUUAAGGGUGGAGUAUUAGCUACUUACGAGCACUUUCUUGCUUACGUCGUAACCUUAACCUUACCCAUACAAUCUAUCAUAUCUUCAAACAGGCCGCAACGCAACGCCUCAUAAUAUUCUACGUGUGGUCAUUUGUUUGCAUUUGUGGUUUUUCCGCGUUAUAUUAGCCUGCGCCCAGACGAAACUAUAUCAUAAGCUCUGCUGAAACUCGGUCACCUUUUCAGAAAAGAAAAACUACGCAACAGCGGAAAAUGACAUCGUCUCUCUUUGCAACCAGUGGAAAUCCUUACUCCAAAAGUCAUCGCGUGUUUUUAGAUAAAUCAGGGCAAACUGAGAAGAUUAAUGAUCUUCUACAAUUGCAUAUACCGCCAUUGGUACCGAUGAAGAUUCUCCAGGAACGAAGCUUAAAUAUUUUAAGCACUGGAAGUGGAAAUGGGCAGACCGAUUUGUCUUUCCUAAGAGUAAUCAAGGAAGAAUUGAUAAAGACAGACCUCGGGCGCAAUGUGAAGAUCUUCAACCGAGCCAUUGAACCUAACCUAUGUUUGUGUGGCCUGUACAAAGCAGCCAUUGAAAAUUUACCAAGUCCGCUAGACGAUGGGAAAACGGCUUUUGACAUCCGUCAGCAGUCCUUUGAAGAGUAUCAACAAAGCCACAGAGAACCCCUCAGUUUCGACAUCAUACAUUUUAUCCACAGCAUAUAUUUUGUAGACAUCGAGAAAGCUCUACUGCAUUGUUUUGAAAAAGAACUUAGCAGUAAAGGAAAAAUAAUCUGUAUCGCGUCCAGGCGAGAUCUUACUUGUAGCGUUGAGUCAAAACUGCAGCAAAAACUGCAGUGGCAUGUGGGCAGUGAGAUUUACGACGUAGUUGAUAAAAUGAUCCAGAUUGCCAACAAAAACGGAUGGAAGAUUGAGGUUCAUUGCCAGGAAUAUUCAAUUGAUGUCACCGAGGUCUUUGAUCCGCAUUCAAUCGAAGGAAAUCUGCUACUCGACUUCUUGACGCAAACAGAAAAUUUUCGUAAUACUGAGGACAAAAAGUUUGUUGAAGAAACGUUGUCAUUUAUCAGAGAUCUGACUGUUGUGAAAGACGGAAAAUUGUUUGGAGAAAAGAAAGAAUCUUUGGUGGUCAUCUGUAACUAGUAACACAAACUAUCGUGAGGUUUUUUUGAAAUUGUAUUGUUUUCUGUUUAUUUUCUGCUUAGCGACUGAGUUGAUUACGUUGCUCCAGCUUGACCCUAGUUUCUAGUUCAAGACGUUUCUUAAAUUAUAAAAUCCUUAAUUCGUCAGAUUUAGGAGGCCAAACAUUAAUUUAUUCUUUAUUCACAGUGAUGGGAAACCUUUGUGAGUUAUAACAUAUAAGUAAAUAAAUAAAUAUAAAUCAGUAUAUUUAGUUUUCUUAUCAUUUAUAAAUUGUUGCGUAAGAUCUUUAUGUUGAUCACGAUGUGUAAACAGGAAAAGCUAUAGGAACAACUCUGACAUACUCUCAGGUUUUUCUGUUUUGUUUUGGUAAACAGUAUCUUUCACUUUCAAAUCAUAAUUUGCAAUGAACUGAUUUAAUUAUAAUCAGGCGUGGUCUAUUGAUAAACCGAUAAUCGAUACCAAUCAAUAACAAUUGAUUUCAAUCAUCGAUUAGUAUCGAUUUCUGAUAUCGAUUGCUAUCGCCUAUUAUCAGAAAAGACUUGUCUUUUUAGGAGUUCAACAUUGACGCGAUGUUGCCUGUACGGUAUUUUUGAGUCAUUGAGUUGUUAAAAGUGUGCAAUACUUUCAAUCCAUAGAGUAGUAAAAGAACAAAAACAGUAACAGGACAAAAAGGUUUAUUAUUUUCUGUGCUUUGUAUGCACAGCGAAAUGACAGCUUUUGCCGAAACAAGUACAACAGGUCACGGCUAAUACCCUUGUAUACACCGCGUUGAUCCAAUCUAAGCGAGAUUGCCAGGGAAGAAAUGCAAGAUGUAGUCGAUAGCGCUGAAUUGAAUUCGGGGAAAGGGGCGCUCAACAAAGCUUUAUACGGGGAGGCUCCGCCCGGAGGUCCAACGUCUCACAUUUUUAUAUACCAUUUUUGACGUGAGAAUGUAUCCCUUUCGUAUACCUUCUACCUCCUCAUGUGGUCAUUUGUUUGCAUUUGCAUUUGUUUGCAUUUGUCGUUUUUCGGCGUUAUAUUGGCCUGCGCCACAGAAGAAACUAUAUUGGAAGGUCUGCUGAAACUUGGUCACCUUUUCAGUAAAGAAAAACUACGCAACGGCGGAAAAUGACUUCGUUUCUCUUUGCAGCCAGUGGUAAUCAUUACUCCAAAAGUCAUCGGGUGUUUUUAGAUAAAUCGGGGCAAACUGAGAAGGUUAAUGACCUUCUACAAUUGCAUAUACCGCCAUUGGUACAGAUGAAGACUCUCCAGGAACGAAGCUUAAAUAUUUUAAGCAUUGGAAGUGGAAAUGGGCAGACCGAUUUGUCUUUCCUAAAAGUAAUCAAGGAAGAAUUGGUAAAGACAGACCUCUGGCGCAAUGUGAAGAUCUUCAACCGAGCCAUUGAACCUAAUCUAUUUUCGUGUGGCCUGUACAAAGCAGCCAUUGAAAAUCUACCAAGUCCGCUAGAUGAUGGGAAAACGGCUUUUGACAUCUGUCAGCAGUCCUUUGAAGAGUAUCAACAAAGCCACAGAGAACCCCUCAGUUUCGACAUUGUGCAUUUCAUACACAGCAUAUAUCAUGUAGACAUUGAGAAAGCUUUACUGCAUUGUUUUGAAAAAGAAGUUAGUGGUAAAGGAAAAAUAAUCUGUAUCGCGUCCAGGCGAGAUCUUAUUAGUAGCGUUGAGUCAAAACUGCAGCAAAAACUGCAGUGGCAUGUGGGCAGUGAGAUUUACGACGUAGUUGAUAAAAUGAUCCAGAUUGCCAACAAAAACGGAUGGACGAUUGAGGUUCAUGACCAGGAAUAUUCAAUUGAUGUCACCGAGGUCUUUGAUCCGCAUUCAAUCGAAGGAAAUCUGCUACUCGACUUCUUGACGCAAACAGAAAAUUUUCGUAAUACUGAGGACAAAGAGUUUGUUGAAGAAACGUUGUCAUUUAUCAGAGAUCUGACUCUUGUUAAAGACGGAAAAUUGUUUGGAGAAAAGAAAGAAUCUUUGGUGGUCAUCUGUAACUAGUAACACAAACUAUCGUGAGGUUUUUUUGAAAUUGUAUUGUUUUCUGUUUAUUUUCUGCUUAGCGACUGAGGUGAUAACGUUGCGUAACGAAAGCCGAAUUCAAUAUUUGUUUUAUUAUUCACUCAAAAUAAUUCCUAGUUUAAAAACAUAGCUAAAACAUGCUUACCUAUGGCAAGCCAAAUGUAGCAAUAUUCAAUUCGUUUAAUUUUAUAUGUAGUUUUGUAUUAUGUGUUCAACUAUGCGUUUAAUAUUCAACUUAUAUUCAACAUUCAACGCGUUAUUCAAUAUUCAACUUCGCAUUCAACAUUCAACUAUUCAUUUUAAAUUCAAUUCCUUAUUCACCCAUUCAAUUAUCUAUUCAACAAUUUCAACCAUUUAUUCAGCAUUCAACUUUAAUUUUUAAAACAUUCAACUAUUCAUUCAACAUUCAACUAUUCAUUCAACAUUCAACUUUAAUUCAACAUUCAACUAUUCAUUCAACUCUUUUGAGCCCUCACUACUUCUGGUCAGUGACACAGAUCAUUGCUUGUUAAAACACAGGCGGCCCAGACGUAGUAUGUGUCACUGAAUGAAUAUAUUAAUAUUCACAUGGACAAAUUAAUGGGAUGAGUCGUCGAAACUCCCAUGGACUAAAAUAGUCCAAAAGUCAAAAUAUAACAAAACAAAGCUAAGAUACCUUCAACUGAACGUAUCUUGUCUUUCCUGGCCGGUUUAAGUGACAUUUUGUUGAGUUUUGCAAUUGUAGGUACUAUCCACUAAAGAAGAAUUAAAGGCUGGCUACAAAACAAACAGACCAUCUCCACGCGCCUUCACACGAAGCGCUAUAAAUUCGAGAAUAAUCGACGAAUCCGCUCCAAAUAACCAUCGGCUAAUCUGCAGGUAACGUGUGCUCCUGCUUCUGGCUCGCUUGCUCCACAAAACCCAUCGCAAGUGCACAAUAACUGCUCGCUCAUCAACAACCACUGUUGACCUUUACGCUUCGAUAUGACCGCAAACGACCAGGUUUAAUACGCGACGUGAAUAGUCAAGCUUAGCGACCGCGUUCGCGCAACAAUGCAGCACUUGCCAUGGGAGGGAUGGUACUAUUGCUUCUAGGUCAAUCGACACUGACCGAAGGUUCGCUGUGUUAGUUUUGACCAGAAAACAAAAGGCGAUCGCGGGACCGUCCGUAAGUUUUCAACAGGGCAGCCCUGGUUUUCAAGUUCGAAUUCUUCUAACGUUCGCUGUCUCAGCUGCCGUCACAUUGUUCGUCCAGCCGCUUGCAUAGGUUCUUGACUCUACCAGACUUAUUUGGUUAGAUUAACAACGUCUUACUCCAUAAUAUAUUGUCCAAACUGAUGAAGGAGGACGAGAAUUUUCCGCCCAGGAAAAAGGAAAAAUCUGGCCCCCGCUAUGCAGCUGAAUAGAAGAUACAGCUGAAGAUAUCGUAAAGUAAAAUUCAUGGGCGCGAUAUCUUUUUUUAUUAUUAUUAUUAUUAUUAUUAUUAUUAUUCUCAAAACUCAGGGGCACCCAACGAUGAUUUCCCCCUAAAUGCAUUGAAAACACAUUUAAGGCUGUCCAGAGUACUUUUGAUCGAAAAAUGCAUUCUAAACAGCGCUUACAUAAAUUUAGUCAGGAGGGCUAAAAGCGAGGCUAAUGAUUUAUAGUUUGCUCAUACUAAAUAUAAAAUAUAUCGUGUAAUGCUAAGCGGAGAAGGCAAAGAGACAGGGCCACCCAACGACUGUUUCCUCAAAUACUUUCAAUUGAAAACACUUUUGAGGCUAUUCAUAAAGUACUUUUAGCUCUAUAAAAUUUGCAUCUCAGUGUUCGGCCAUUCUAGAGGAACUUGAGUCUUUUCGAAAUUACGAGGAAUUCAGAAUAAUUUUCCCGAAAAUUUUAGAUGCAAUUUAACGUAUUACGAAGGAGAUAAUUUUUUAGAUACCUUCUUUCAUCACAUUUUUGAAUCCGAAAAUUUUAGGAUUCCUUUUUACUCUCUACGAAAAAGAGCCUAACCCGGUGAGUGAAAUGUGAAAAAUUAAACGUUGGAUGCCCUUGACCAGAACUGUGAAAAACAACAAUAGGUCUAAUUGCAGCACACUUUCUUGUACAUUUCCUUGCCGUUGAUUUGCAUGACUGCAACGUGAAACGUCCAGAAAACUUCCUGGUUUUCACUUUUUAUGGAGAAAAUGUGGUACAUGUUCUUGUUCACUUUUUCCACUACCGCUCAUUUUUUUUAGCUCCGCUAUAUGAUUCGUAUCUGUUCGGUGCUCCUUGGGCAAAUUGGAUCUUUUUAAAAAUUACAAGGGCUUCAAUAUUAUUUUCCCGAUUGAUUGACCUAGAAGCAAUAGUACCAUCCCUCCCAUAGCAAGUGCUGCAUUGUUGCGCGAACACGGUCGCUAAGCUUGACUAUUCACGUCGCGUAUUAAACCUGGUCGUUUGCGGUCAUAUCGAAGCGUAAAGGUCAACAGUGGUUGUUGAUGAGCGAGCAGUUAUUGUGCACUUGCGAUGGGUUUUGUGGAGCAAGCGAGCCAGAAGCAGGAGCACACGUUACCUGUGAUAAUAUUCUAGAGAACUGUUUCUUUCAAAUUUCGUCUUGUUCACGUGCAUGCCUACGCAUAAUUGAUGAAAGACAAAGGGUCAAGUUCCCCUGGGACCUCUAUUGGCAAACAAAAACAUGCAAGCUAAAGAGGUUUGUCGUUGAUGCGUGACAUCGAAGUCACCUCCUUAUCGGCCUCCUCUGAACCUUGGUCGCAUUCGUCGUGUUGACUUUUGAAUAAUCUCUGCUGACGCGGAGCAAACGAUCGGUCCCUGCCUUUCUUAGAAUACCGGUUGCCUUUUCAAGACCAAAACAUACACACCAGCAGAAAAUGGGAUCGUCCCUCUUUGCAAACAGUGGUAGCCCUUACUCUAAAAGUCAUCGCGUGUUUUUAGAUAAAUCAAGGCAAACUGAGAAGAUUAAUGACCUUAUACAAUUGCGUAUACCGCCAUUGAUUGAUGAGAAGAAAAUUUUCAAGGAACAAAGCUUGAAUGUUUUAAGCAUCGGGAGUGGAAAUGGGCAGGCAGAUUUGUUUGUCCUGAAAGUGAUCAAGGAACAAUUGAUGAAGACAGACCUAGGCCAUGGUGUCAAGAUCUUCAACCGUGCCAUUGACCCCAACUUAUAUUCAUGUGAUCUGUACAGAGCAGCUAUUGAAAAUCUACCAAGUCCGCUAAACGAUGGCAAAGUGGCUUUUGAAAUCUGUCAGCAGUCCUUUGAAGAGUAUCAACAAAGCCACAGAGAACCCCUAAGUUUCGACAUCGUACAUUUCAUACACAGCAUAUAUUAUGUAGACAUCGAGAAAGCUCUACUGCAUUGUUUUGAAAAAGAACUUUACGAUAAGGGACAAGUAAUCUGUAUCGCCUCGAGGCGAGGUCUUAUUUGUAGCGUCGUGUCAAAACUGCAGCAAAAACUGCAGUGGCAUGUGGGCAGUGAG